AUGGGUCGUUGCUGCGCAGCCAACCCCGCCCCGCAUAGCUGCCUGUGGCUCCGCCCACCGCUCCCUUCGGGGCGCGCGCGCAGCUGCGUCACUCUUGCGGCCGCGCCUGCGCAGGGCGGCUUGCUGGCGGCGGCGUGGGCGCUUGGGGAGGCGGCGGGGCGUCGUCCGCUUCCGUGCUGCUCGCGCCGGUCCGGGGCUCGGUCCCAGCGCCCAGGCGCCCUCGCCCCGUCCUGUCCGCGUCCCCGGAAGCCGCCGGUCCCCGCGGUGGGCAGGUCCUCCGCGGCGCCCCAGGGAGCCUUCCGGGCCGAGGUGGGCAGGAGGGAGGCUGGGCUGAAGAAACCGUUCAGCACGUGGGACGCGGGCACGGUCACUGCCGCGGCGCCCCGGCCUCGCGGCGACCCCGACGGGAAGCGGCUCGGUGCCGCAGGUGGAGGCGCCGCCGUCGUGCGAGGCUCGGCGGCGCUGGCGUCUUCCGGGAACGACAUUGAAUCACAAGGACAAGUCAUAAGCUGUGAAAUAUAAAAAGACCACCAUGGCCUGGCUAAGAAGCAUCACGAGCAGUGGCAUGGCUCGUGGAGUCCAGGCCAUGUAGACGAGUGGCCAGACAGUGCAAGUUUUAUCCAUAGGGACAUUUCAGAAGCAACUGAAGACAUAACAUCCUUAACCCUUGAUGCAGUAGCUUUGGGCAUGUUAAAUCCUCAAGUUGCUUUGCUUUUGUGCCCAAGUCUUGAACAAGGUGCUGUGUGUGCUGCAUACCUGGCAAACAUCACACAGGUGAUUGAGCUCUUAGAUGGAAUCCGCACCUGUGCACUUGAUCUCUCCUGUGAGAGGAUAAGCAAGCUCACUGUCGGGGAUUGGCUGGUGUGCCUUGCAAAACAGAAAAAUGGAAUCUUACCUCAAAAUGUCAACCCCACCAACACAGAUUCUGUGUUACACUCUGGAAAAGAAACUGGAAUUGAAGGUGAAGUGUUUCAAGAAUCAAAUUCUUGUUUUCCAUAUGGAUCAUUUCCCUACAUUGCUGGGCCUGCACACUGGCAAACUGGCCAUACAGCUUUUCUUGUCAAGUUGAGGAAGUUCAAACCACAACUUAACUGA